CAAACAUGACACUGUUGUGGUGAAGUACAAUGCGGACACACACUAGUAUCUUGACUAUUUAUAUCUCAUAUUAUUCCCGCACAUUUUCCGGUGGGGAUGAAUAACAGUGGAGGACCACCAGGCCCACAAUUCCUUGCAACUUUCCUUGCGGUUCAUUCAAACAUGGAGGAACAGGAGAGAAAGUUGAGGAACAGAAACGAACGUGAACUCGGUGGUUCAGCUGAGAGGCCCGAGGCGGACCGGAGCACGAGCAGGGGGGAAGGAGAGGGAGAUGGUGCACGAGAGGGAGAUCCCCACGAGCUGCCGGACUCCAGAUUAGACGUUAGCUCGGAUCAGUUUGACCCGCUGCUCGCGCUGUACUCAACAGACGUGCCGUUGCCUUUCCCGAACAUCCGGUGUUUUAAUAACGUGGCCGAGUACGAGAGCUUCUUGAAGGGAGGCCGCGGGCGCGCGAAGCCCGAGAACGUGGAGAAAAAACAGCGCAAGGCGCAGAAAGGCGUCCCGGACCCGGAGAGGAUCGCGCGCCUCAAAGAGCUGAUGGUGAAGAACCCGGUUAGCGAGGACGCGGAAGAGGGCACGAGCGGGACUCGGAGGCCCACGCGUCGACAGAAAGCUCCGAAAAAUGUGUUGACAAGAAUGCCGUUGCUGGCCGGCAGUCCUCUCGGGUCGCUGAAUCAGUGUGUGCAGGAACACAUCCGGGUCAAAGUUCACGUGCGGAGCUUUAAAGGUCUGCGUGGCGUGUGUGCUGGAUUCGUCGUCGCCUUCGACAAGUUCUGGAACCUGGCGAUGGUGGACGUAGAUGAGACCUACAGGGAGCCACUGCUUGGAGAAGCAUUCUACCAUGAGAAAGCCCUCACAGUCACGAGGCUGUUUGAGAAGUUGAAACUGCAGGAGGAAAAGAUCAGCACAUCUGAGAAUAGACACUUGAAGACGACACACACACUCGGCGUGCCUGAGACGACACACACACUCGCCGUGCCUGAGACGACACACACACUCGGCGUGCCUGCUGCAGAAGGCCACGCCCCCUCCGAGCGCCGGCCCAAGGGGGGCGGAGCCUUAUACGGACGCGUUCACACACGUCACGUCAAUCAGCUGUUCAUCCGCGGAGAAAACAUACUGCUAAUCAACAUCCCCAAGACGUGACCUUGAGAAAACGUACUGCUAAUCAACAUCCCCAAGACGUGACCUUGAGAAAACGUACUGCUAAUCAACAUCCCAAGACAUGACCUUGAGAAAACGUACUGCUAAUCAACAUCCCCAAGACAUGACCUUGAGAAAACGUACUGCUAAUCAACAUCCCCAAGACGUGACCUUGAGAAAACGUACUGCUAAUCAACAUCCCCAAGACGUGACCUUGAACUGGUACACACACAUCCAGGUGUGUGUAAGCAUGUCUGAUUGUGUGUGUGAGAUCACCUGAAGACUCUCUGAGGCAGUUACACACACACACCCUGCCGAUCCCAACGGUGCAACCUGACUGGUCAGCUGAUGUGUGUAUUAUAUCAAUAUGUGUGUGUGUGUGUGUAUCAUAUUGAUAUGUAUGUAUCAUACUGAUAUGUGACGGCUGCUCUUGAAUAAAGCGCAAAUAGCAUGUGUAUUUUACAACA